AUGAGUAAAUUUGGUGUCCUAGUAAUGGGACCUGCAGGUGCAGGAAAAACAACCUUCUGCACCGGCCUAAUAAACCACCUCCAAAACAACCGUCGCUCCUGCUUCUACAUCAACCUCGACCCCGCCGCAGAAACAUUCUCCCACGAACCCGACCUCGACAUCAAAGACCUCAUCUCCCUCGAAGACGUCAUGGAAGAAAUGGGGCUCGGCCCCAACGGCGGCCUCAUCUACUGUUUUGAAUUUCUGCUAGAGAAUCUCGAGUUCCUCUCUGAAGCCAUCGAGCCACUGACGGAAGAAUAUCUCAUCAUCAUCGAUAUGCCCGGCCAGAUCGAAUUAUAUACACAUAUCCCCAUCUUACCUGCGUUGGUGAAAUUCUUGACCAGGACCGGCGCGCUGGAUAUUAAUCUAUGCGCGGCGUAUUUGUUAGAGGCGACGUUUGUGGUUGAUCGGGCGAAGUUUUUUGCAGGGACUUUAAGCGCUAUGAGUGCUAUGAUUAUGUUGGAAGUUCCACACGUUAAUAUUCUUUCCAAGAUGGAUUUGGUGAAGGGACAAGUUGCAAAGAGAGAACUGAAGAGAUUCCUAGAUCCAGAUACGUCGUUGUUGGAUGAUGAUCUGGAAGAAGAUGAUGGGGAAGGAGAAGCGAAGGAUGCGCGGACGUUGAUGAAGGGGAAUAGUUUCCGCAGAUUGAAUAAGGCUGUGGCGGGGUUGAUUGAUAGUUUCAGUAUGGUAUCGUACUUGAGGUUGGAUGUGCAGAAUGAGGAUAGCGUGGGUGGGAUCUUGAGUUAUAUUGAUGAUGCCAUACAAUUUCACGAGGCGCAGGAACCAAAGGAGCCAAAUGAUGAGGUGCAACAAGAUGAGGGGGAUAUGGAGUAG